AAAUAAUGAGGAGGGUCUCCAUGAGGAGGAGGACGGUAAUGAGUUGUGGGGCGGAGAAGGCGGAGAUUUGUGGGAUAAACAACACUGACUGUGCUCUUAGAAGAAGGAACAUGGCGGCGUUGGAUCCGCUUAGCCCAGCAGAAGUCGGGUUAACGGGUUCCUGUCUGCACUGACCGGUAGCGUCCCGUUGCCAAGACAACACUGCUGUUCUGUGCUAGGGAGUGCGCCAUACUUUGAGUGUAGAAGUGGUGUUGGAGAAAAUGUCUGAAUUUAACUCUUUAUACACCUGCAUGAGUAGCACUAUAAGGGCUGUUCCUGUAUAAGGCAGAGGUUAUAUCGGCAGCCGAGCUGCUUCCCGAGGGGGUGGAGGAAGGAAGAAAGGGAGAUGAGCCCAGCACCCGGAUUGUGGAUUAUAGAUCGGGGGAUUUAAAGACCGUUUAAAGGGAAACACACCGGGAAAGUUCGCGCUCCGGCUGCUGUGUAACGCCGAUCGUUGCUGAUAUGUGUUCAAGAUGAGUGGAAUGGGAGAAAAUACCUCUGACCCUUCCAGGGUAGAGCCACGGAAGAGGAAAGAGAGCCCCGAUCAGCUUGGUCCCAGUCCUAAGAGAAGCAAUGACAAGCGUAAUCGGGAGCAGGAGAAUAAAUAUAUCGAGGAGCUUGCUGAGCUGAUUUUUGCGAAUUUCAAUGACAUUGACAACUUUAACUUUAAACCUGACAAAUGUGCAAUUUUAAAGGAAACUGUGAAGCAAAUUCGGCAGAUCAAAGAGCAAGAAAAAGCAGCCGCUGCGAACGAAGAUGAAGUUCAAAAGGCCGACGUUUCCUCAACAGGCCAAAGUGUCAUAGACAAGGAUACACUCGGACCCAUGAUGCUGGAGGCUCUUGAUGGGUUCUUUUUUGUGGUGAACCGGGAGGGCAACGUGGUGUUUGUAUCUGAAAAUGUGACCCAGUAUCUACGCUACAACCAGGAAGAAUUGAUGAAUACAAGUGUAUACAGCAUACUGCAUGUAGGAGACCACAGCGAAUUCAUCAAAAACCUGCUGCCAAAGUCUUUAGUUAAUGGGGGUCCUAGACGUAAUAGCCAUACAUUUAACUGCCGUAUGCUGGUGAAGCCAAUAACGGAGUGCGAAGAGGAAGGACACGAGAACCAGGAAGUACACCAGAAAUAUGAAACUAUGCAGUGCUUUGCAGUAUCCCAACCAAAGUCCAUUAAAGAGGACGGAGAAGAUUUUCAGUCAUGCCUAAUUUGUGUGGCUAGAAGGGUUCAGAUCAAGGAGAGGCCCCCACUUCCCACUUCAGAGACAUUCUCAACGCGUCAAGACUUGCAAGGCAAGAUCACUUCUCUGGAUACAAGUACCAUGAGAGCGCUGAUGAGGCCUGGGUGGGAGGACUUAGUCCGUAGGUGCAUACAGAGGUUCCAUGCCCAGCAUGACCCCGAUGGGUCCUACAGUAAGAAGCAUCAUCAAGAAGUUCUCAGGAAUGGACUUGCAUUGAGUCCCAUGUACCGGUUUUCUCUGUCCGACGGCAUGAUUGUUACAGCCCAAACAAAGAGCAAGCUCAUUCGCUCCCAGACUACUGGUGAACCUCAACUAGUAAUAUCCAUUCAUAUGCUCCAAAGAGAGCAGAAUAUGUGUGGAAUGAAUCAGGACUUGGCUGGACAAGGCAUGGGAAAGACUUAUAAUCCCAUCACCUCUAGCAGCCCAGCCCACCAAAUGAUGUGUGGCGGGCCCCCAAGCCAAGAUACAACCUUAAGUAGCAAUAUGAAUUAUGCCAUAAAUGGCCCAAAGGAACAAAUGGGCUUGCCAGCAGGCAGAUAUCCUGGUUCAGGAGGGAUGAACCAUAUCUCCAGCAUGCAAGCAACCGCUCCUCAGGGUAAUAACUAUGCACUCAAAAUGAAUAGUCCGUCGCAUGGAAGUCCUGGCGUGGCCCAGGGUCAGCCUAAUUCUAUGCUCUCACCAAGGCAUCGCAUGUCCCCGGGAGUUGCUGGAAGUCCUCGUAUUGCACCCAGUCAGUUUUCACCUGCAGGAAGUUUGCAUUCGCCAGUUGGUGUAUGCAGUAGCACAGGAAAUAGCCAUAGUUAUACCAACAGCUCUCUAAAUGCACUUCAAGCGCUGAGUGAGGGCCAUGGUGGUCCUCUAGCCCCACAGUUGCCGUCUCCUGAUCUGAAAGUUGGUAACUUACAAAAUUCACCCAGCAGCAUGAACCCACCACCGCUUCGAAAGAUGGGGAGCAUGGACUCUAAAGAAUCAUUUGGGAUGUACGGAGAACAGGCUGAUGGUGGUGCAACCGGACAGGUGGAGACUAGCAGUCAUUUGCCUGAGCAGAAAGACUGUAGUGACAUGGUGUCUGGUGACAAAAUUGAUGGACAGAAUAGAUUACAGGACAGCAAAGGCCAGACUAAACUUUUAAAGUUGCUCACCACCAAAUCAGAAAUGGAUCCUAUGGGAGAUUCAAACAACAAAGACUCCUUGGGACAUUUUGCUGCCAAUAAUAUGUCUGGCUCAACACAUGGAACCUCACUGAAAGAGAAGCAUAAAAUUUUGCACAGACUCCUUCAAGAGGGUAGUUCUCCUGUUGACUUAGCCAAGCUUACAGCCGAGGCCACUGGAAAAGAACUCAACCAAGAGUCCAAUAGCACAGGCUCUGGUUCAGAGGUCUCUAUAAAACAGGAACCAGUGAGCCCCAAGAAGAAGGAAAAUGCACUACUUCGCUACCUGCUGGAUAAGGAUGAUAGUAAAGAUAACCUAGGAGACAUCACACCUAAGUUAGAACGCUUGGACAACAAGAUGGACCCUUCCAGCUGCACAAAGCUAACGGCUAUAAAAACUGAAAAAGAGGAGCCAAACUUUGGACAUAGUGAUCAGCAGCUGUUACAGCCUAGUCCAGAUCUGGAUAACCUGGAUGAAAUCUUGGACGACCUGCAGAACAGCAGCCAGUUAAACCAGGUCUUCUCGGACAUGCGGUCGGAUGCUAACUCUGUUGAUAAACAAGCCAUCAUCAAUGACCUGAUGCAGUUUGCUGGGGACAGCGCAGGCCUGUCUCCUGCAAUCCAGAAGCAGCGAAUGCUCCGGAUGCAGCAGAUGCAGCAGCAGCAGCAGCAGAUGCAACAGCAGCAGCAGAUGCAACAGCAGCAGCAGAUGCAACAGCAGCAACAGCAACAACAACAACAGCAGCAGAUGCAACAGCAACAACAACAGCAGCAGAUGCAACAGCAACAACAGCAGCAGCAGAUGCAACAGCAACAACAACAGCAGCAGAUGCAACAGCAACAACAGCAGCAGCAGAUGCAGCAACAACAACAACAACAACAACAACAGAAUACCUUUAAUAACCCACGAACUGCGCAGCUUGGGAGGUUAUCAAAUCAGAAUUUAUCACUGGAUAUGAAUUUACAAAACCAGGCCAAUGCAGGAUCCUUCCCACCAAUGAGAAAUACCAGUCCAUACGCUGCAAUGCAGCCUGGUAUGAUGAACAGCCAAGGCAUGAUGGGAAAUCAAGGAGGCAUGGUUAACAGUAGCACUGGAAUGAUGAGUGGUGGCAACCCCCAACGGCCACCAAUGCAGUCAGGAGAUUGGGGGUCUCAGGCAUCUGCAGUCCGAACAGCGGGCCCGACAGCAGUUAAUGCAAUGAACAGACAGCUUCAAGGCAUGAUACGCAGCCCGAAUGCCAAUAUUCAGAUGAGACCCAACAAUCAGUCGUGCCCAAGGCCAAUGCUGCAGUCUUCAGUGAUGAGUAUGGGUCCUUCAGAAUUAGAACUAAAUGUUGGUGGACCUCCUUACACCCAACCGCAAGCUCCCCCCAACCAAACUGCACCCUGGCCUGAAAGUAUUUUGCCUAUUGAACAAACAUCAUACAGCAAUCAAAAUAGGCAGCAAUUUGGAAGUCCGCAAGAGGAAUUACUAUGUCAGCCCAUUUCUUCAAACUCGCCGACAGAUGAGGGGAAUCUUAUGGAUCAGCUUUACAUGGCUUUGAGGAAUAUUGAUGGCAUAGAAGAGAUUGACCGAGCUCUCGGAAUACCAGAGCUUGUCAGCCAGGGUCAAUCUGUUGAUCCAGAAUCCUUUAUAAAUCAGGAUUCAAACUUAAUCAUGGAACAAAAGGCACCUAUUUUUAACCAUGCGUAUGCUGCUCAGGGGCAGAUGGCACAGAAUAGUUAUAAUCCGAUGCAGGAUCCAAGCUUCCACGCCAUGGGACAACGUCCAAACUAUGGAAUGCUGCGAAUGCAAACCCGACCAGGAUUACGGCCACAAGGAAUGGUACCGAGCCAGCCAAACCAAUUGAGACUACAGCUACAGCACCGGCUCCAAGCCCAGCAGAACCGGCAGCCAAUAAUGAAUCCAAUGAAUGCAGUCUCGAGUAUGAAUCUGGCACUACGGCAAGGAGUUCCAAGCCAGAUAAGAGAACAGGGACCUAUCAAUGCCCAGAUGUUGGCCCAAAGACAGCGGGAGAUCCUAAGUCAGCACUUACGGCAAAGACAACUUCAGCAACAACAACAACAGCAGCAGCAGCAGCAACAGCAGCAACAACAACAGCAGCAACAACAAGUUCAGCACAGGGCUAUGCUGAUGAGAGGACAAGGGCUUAAUAUGCCACCCAACAUGGUGCCCUCAGGAGCCAUGCCAACAUCAAUAAGCAGCCCACGGAUCCCACAAGCCAAUACACAGCAGUUCCCAUUUCCACCGAACUACGGUACUGGAAUUCCAUCCCCACCACCUUUCACCAGUCCUUUCUCCCCAGUGCCCCCCAGCCCUGGGUCACAGUCGCUCUCUCACAGCUCUUUGCAUGGCUCCCAGAUGAAUCUGGCUAACCAAGGGAUCAUGGGGAGCAUGGGAGGACAGUAUGGGCCUGUCAUGAACCCCCAAAUACAGCACAAUGCCUUCCAGUUUGCCAACUCAGGGAUGAGUCAGCAGUCAGACCCGGGAUACACAGGGGGCACAGCAUCGCAGAGUCCAAUAAUGUCGCCCAGGAUGGCUCACAGCCAGAGUCCCAUGAUGCAGCAAUCGCAGGCAAAUUCUGUGUACCAAUCAGCAGACAUAAAUGGAUGGGCACAGGGGAAUACAGGGCCGAACAGCAUGUUUUCGCAACAGUCUCCACCACAUUUUGCCCAGCAAGGUGCAACCAACAUGUAUAAUAACAAUAUGAACAUCAAUGUACCGAUGGCAGCAAACGCAAGUGGAAUGAGCAGCAUGAACCAGAUGACUGGGCAGAUUGUGACCUCUGUGCCUACAUCGGGGUUGUCCUCAAUGGGUCCAGAGCAGAAAUACUGCUGACCCUGAAGAUUUUGGGGUGCUUUUUCUUCUGCUAACCAGCUGGAAAUUUUCUAUGGUCUGAAGAGCUCCAUCUACUGAGAGUGUUCUUAUAGACUGGCCUGCCUGUCGGCACCCCCUGCUGGGGCAACAAGCACAGCACUGCAAGCCUGAUCUGCCUCCCUCUUCUAAGCUGGAGUUGAAUUUGUUCUAGUGCAGCCAUCUCACCUGGCAGUCUGGAGCUAGAACACAGACACAGGGCCAGUCUGUUCACUGCAUUCACCUUAGUGCAACUUAGAUAUCUUCUGCGGAGUCAUUAUGGACAGACAAAUCUAACUGAACGAUCGGAAAUGAAUGUAUUUAAUUGUAUGUAUUUAAGGAAAAACUAUGCUUUUAUUGAAUUGACAUUUUUAUUUUCUUCCUCUGAAGUUGUUGACACUGGUUCUUAACCUCAUUUCCCUCGGGUUCAUCAGCCCAUAAAAUACUUUUGUUACCAUA